GGGGCGGUGCGCGCGCGGGGGCUGCCGGGAGCGGCAUGGCCCGCUAGGCGGCGGCGGCGCGCGGAGCCAUGGAUCCCAGCUUGCUCAGGGAGCGGGAGCUGUUCAAGAAGCGAGCCCUCUCCACACCGGCCGUCGAGAAACGCCCGGCGCUGUCCUCGGACUCCUCUGCCUCCAAGAAGAAGAAAGCCAAGGUAGAACAAGGGGGCUCCUCCAGCUCUAAACAAAACUCAGAUCACAGCAAUGGAUCAUUUAACUUGAAAGCCCUUUCAGGAGGCUCUGGCUACAAGUUUGGAGUCCUUGCUAAAAUAGUGAAUUAUAUGAAGACUCGGCACCAGCGGGGUGAUACACAUCCAUUAACCCUUGAAGAGAUCUUGGAUGAAACACAGCAUUUAGAUAUUGGACUCAAACAGAAACAAUGGUUAAUGAGCGAGGCUCUAGUCAACAACCCGAAAAUAGAAGUUGUGGAUGGGAAGUAUGCUUUCAAACCCAAGUACAACUUGAAAGACAAAAAGGCUCUGCUCAGGCUCUUGGACAAGCAUGACCAGCGAGGCCUGGGAGGAAUCCUUUUGGAAGACAUUGAGGAAGGGCUGCCCAACGCACAGAAAGCUAUAAAGGCUUUAGGGGACCAGAUCAUCUUUGUUAAUCGCCCUGAUAAGAAGAAAAUUCUUUUCUACAACGACAAGAGCUGUCACUUUGCUGUGGAUGAAGAAUUUCAGAAGCUGUGGAGGAGCAUUCCCGUGGAUUCUAUGGAUGAGGAGAAGAUAGAAGAGUAUCUGAAACGACAGGGUAUUUCUUCCAUGCAAGAAACCGGACCAAAGAAAAUAGCUCCCAUUCAGAGGAGGAAGAAACCUGCUUCUCAGAAGAAACGUCGGUUUAAGACUCACAAUGACCACUUGGUUGGAGUAUUAAAAGAUUACUCUGAUGUGGUUCCUGGCAAGCAGUGAGCGGUUGAAUUCUGGAGCAAACGUGCGUUUUUAGACAGGGCUUUUUGCCGCUGGGGCUCGGUGUCUGCUCACAGAAGGACUGACUGUAUAUAAUAGUGUGAUGUGUUUCCCCCACCCCAGCAACUGCCGAGGUGAAACAGGUCAGUUUGAGAGCAAGUAUGAGCUAUUAAAUGUAGAGGUUAAUUUAAUUAGCUGUUGGGAAACGUUUCUUUAGAGUAAGAGGUUCUCACUAGUUGCCUCUUGGCAUAGGGUGGUAAAUGGUGCUCAGCAUGUAAUGCAGGAAUUCCUGCUCAGUGCUUAACUCUGCUUUUACAUUGCUUAAUGGGUAUUUACCUGGAAUUACUUACAAGGGGCUUUCUAGUGGGAUUGAAUACAGCAUUUGUUUUACCUGUUUCAGGAAAACCUUUUCUUCGGUAAAAUCACUGCAGGCAAAGUUUCUUUCACAGUCAAAUACACCCACGGUUUGUAUGCUUCUUCCUCCCCACGGGACUGAGCUUUUCUGAAAGGGACUGAGCUUUUCUGAAAGUCACUGAUGUCUGAGGCUCGAACUCAGAAAACUCCCUCUCCCAAAAUCCCAGCAGGCUGCAGGAUGGGAUGCAGCCGCAGUUUCCUAAUGCUAAUCAGGAAUUGCAUCACACUGUCGUGGGUGCAAGCGUGUUACACGUUCUGCUCUAUGGACAGGAGGGAAAUAAAACAACGGUGUAAUACUGAAGCUUUUUUUUUUUUUUUUAAGUAAUAAAUUUACAAUGCUGGUUUCCAGUGUUGCUUCCUGAAAGAA